CAGGGGUAGAGAGAGAGAGAGAGAGAGAGAGAGAGAGAGAGAGAGAAGUUGCAGAGAGGGAGGAAGUGAUCUUAGUUUCGAGUUCGGGUGAUGGGGGCGUCUUCGGUUCAUGCUAAUAGUUACGAUUACUCUUUCAAGAUCUUGUUGAUUGGAGAUUCUGCCGUUGGUAAGAGUAGUCUUCUUGUCAGCUUCAUCUCCAAUCCCGUUGAGAAUCUCUCUCCCACCAUCGGUGUGGAUUUUAAGAUUAAGCAACUCACAGUUGGUGAGAACAGAUUGAAGCUCACAAUUUGGGAUACAGCUGGACAGGAAAGGUUCAGGACAUUAACAAGCUCAUACUAUAGAGGUGCCCAAGGGAUUAUUCUUGUGUAUGAUGUCACACGGCGAGAAACCUUUACAAACUUGUCAGAUGUUUGGGCGAAGGAGAUAGAACUUUACUCCACUAAUCAGGAUUGCAUAAAGAUGCUUGUUGGAAAUAAAGUUGAUAAGGAAAGUGAACGGGCUGUUACUAAAGAGGAGGGAAUGGCUUUCGCACAAGAGUAUGGAUGUUUGUUUUUAGAAUGCAGUGCAAAAACUAGGGAAAAUGUCGAAAAAUGCUUUGAAGAACUUGCUUUAAAGAUAAUGGAGGUUCCGAGUCUAUUGGAAGAAGGAUCGACUAUAGUAAAGAGGAACAUUUUAAAACAGAAACAAGAAUAUCAGGCACCUCCUACAGGUGGUUGUUGCUCUUAGGAAGCUGUACACAGAGGCCCAACAUCUAUUAAAAAAAAAACCUUGGAAUCAAAUCAAAGAUCCCCAGAUACUUGUACUAACGACAAUGGACAGUCAGAUCCAGGGAAAACCCCUUUGUGAUCCAGUGAUGUAAAUGAUGUUUUCUUGUGUUCAAAUAAUUGUUGGAUAUAAAAUUGGUUAGGUUAUGUAAAUUUCUUACCCAUCUUUUGCUGUAUCUUCUUUCCUUCAAUUUAGUGGUUUCAAUAACAAGUGUGAGGAAGCAAAACGAACAAUACUAUGCGUGACAAUGUUCAUGUAAACAAUAAGCACAUGUAAUUUGUGUACUUUGUUUGUUAAACAUGUGAGAUGUAUAAA